AUGGCAGGUUUGCGAAGGAGAGGCAAAGCAUUGGAAGAAGAAGAUUUUGAAGAAUCAGAGGUGUGGGCUUCACUCAAGGAGUUCUCUUCAAAGGGGAAAAAAGCCAAAGAACAUUCAUCCAGUUCAUCGUCCACGUCUGCAUGGAGUUUAUCUUCUGCACCAAGAGUGAUCCCAAAAGCACAAGAGGUUACCUGUGGCACCGGCUGGCAGUCAUCGGCUCCGGUGGACAUUCCCGACUGGUCCAAGAUUUUAAAGAGGGACUCAUCAAAAAAGGAUUUAUGGGAUGAUGAAUGUGAUUCUGAUGAUCGUACCAAGAAAAGAUUCUAUGAUGAUUUUGAGACUGAAGACGGUGAAGAAAUGGUUCCGCCGCAUGAAUAUUUAGCCAAGAAGCUUGCCGGAACUCAGAUUGCUUCAUUUUCUAUGUUGGAAGGUGUUGGAAGGACCCUCAAAGGAAGAGAUCUCAGCAAACUAAGGAAUGCCAUUUUAACCAAAACUGGUUUUCUUGAAUGA